GGGGUCCGGGUGCCGGGGAUGGCGUCCCGAGCGGCUCUCUGGCUGGUAUUGGCAUCUGUCCAACAUGGGGCUCUCCGGAGGGGACCGAGCUUGAAGAAAGAUGGAGAUAUCUCCGCCGGACGGGGCGGUUCAGGUCGGAGCCUGGUGCCGUCGAGGUCAGUCAUCGUUACUCGCAGCGGCGCCAUGUUGCCCAAACCGGUGAAAAUGCCCUUCGGCCUUCUCCGUGUGUUCUCCAUUGUGAUCCCCUUUCUCUAUGUUGGGACGCUCAUUAGCAAGAACUUUGCCGCUCUACUUGAGGAGCAUGACAUUUUUGCCCCAGAGGACGAUGAUGAUGACUAACAGGUCAUGAAGUUCAGGAAGGAGAAAGCCCUAACUGAAUCAAAAAAUAAAAUAAAAUAAAA